AGAAAUGUAGAUUUGGUAGCAGAGACAGGUCAAAUGCUUUGAAAUUAAUAUUUUUGUGUCUUGUAAGCAUGCCUACUCAAAGCAUUGACCUGUGCGACUUCCUGACGGAGCUGGAGCUAGUCCAAUAUUUAGAACCUAUACGGUUGCAGCUGGGCGUGACAAACUUCGAGCAAUUGAAAUAUGUCAAAAAAGAAGAUCUUCUUGAAAUUGGAAUGCCGCUACCACUAACUCGUAUGCUUUUGGACAAGUAUCGCAAGAAGGCAGGGUACACAAAAAUCCCCUUCACAAGCAAGAGGAUCAUCAAAGCUCCUAAUUUGAUGAGCAUUUCGCACUCUCAACCAAAAACAGGCAUUCAACCGUUCCAAUUAUCCAAAAGUCAAUCGCGGCAAAGUUGGGCAAGUAGCGACCGCACUGCAAUGAUUCCUGGAUUUCGAGGAUCAUCGGUUCCUCCGGGCUCUGGUAACAUGCUUACGUCGGGAAACAUGGAACCCGUUUUGCUUUGCGAUGAUGACCUGACCAAUUUUGAACUUAUAGGGCAGGGUCAUUUUGCCAAAGUGUACAAAGCAUUGUUGCGAGGUCAAACUAGGGUAGCCGUGAAAGAAUUGAAACCAGGAAACACAUCCGGAUCAAUUGAAAGUUUGAUGAAAGAAGUUAGAGUGAUGCUAAGUGUCCGACACACAAAUGUAAUCCACUUUCACGGUAUCGUUUUGGACAAAAAUAUGCGAUCCUCAUCUACAUCGUUGGCCAUUAGACUGGUUUUUGAGUACGCAAACCUGGGAUCUCUGGACACGUACCUUCGCAACAAGAAACCAAAACUAACUGUACAAAUGCUCUGGAUGUUUUGCCAGCAAAUUCUUCUCGGUCUCGCUUUCCUGCACGAGAGAAGACUACUGCACAGAGACAUAGCGGCCAGGAAUAUCCUCGUGUUCGAUUCGGAGUUGGUAAAGUUGGCCGACUUCGGACUGAGCAAAUUUCUUCCUGACGAGUCGUAUGAUUCGUACACUGCAGAGUCGGCUGUCAUGCCUGUUGCAUGGUCUGCGCCCGAAUCUCUGAAAUACAAGAGGUACAGUGCAGCCAGUGACAUCUACAUGUUCGGUGUGACCUGUUGGGAGAUAUUUUCCUUCGCAGAUCACCCCAGGCCCAGACUGACGGCCAACGAGAUGCUGGUUAAACUGGAAAAUGGCGAAGUUUUACCACAGCACGACUUCUGUCCCGACAACAUCUACAACCUCGUGCUCUCCUGCUGCUCGUUUGCUGCUGCCGAAAGACCAGACACACAUACCCUGGUCGUACAGUGGGGAAACCACAGACCGAAGAUGCUCACGGCUAUCAAAGGGUGCUCAAAUGCGGGCAAGUUACACUUCGAGAAAGGAGACCAGAUAUUUGUGCUAUCAGAACCCCUUGACACUGACGCGGGUCAAAUCAUGAAGGGACAAAACAAACGAACUUUUGGCGUAGGCUACUUCCCCUUCUCCCUAGUUCAAUCAGACCACAACAAUCACAAAUCCAUCAUUGGAUCAUCAAAAUCGAAACAAACAUCCAAAUCUACCUCGGCUGCAGCAGUUGCUUCAUCUUCAGCUACCAGUUCAGCCCAACCCUCUCCCCAUCUUAGUAAUCAGAGGGCAGCGAAACAGUCAGCAGUGCCCAAUGUCGGUACGGCUGCCGCUUUGGCUGCGAAGUCUGUUCUUGUGCAUGUGACGCAACCGCCGAUAGUGGCAGAUGAGUGUUCUGCGUGGGACUCUGAUCUGUAUGAGACUUCGAGAGCUGAAACUGCUUAUACGACAAUCAAUAAUAAUAGCAACAAUGAUGACAAACCGUAUGUCAAGAUGAGAGAUUUGAGAAAAGGGAUGCAAAAAGUUGAGCAUGCUGAUGACCUAAUUGAUCUGACUGCUGUUCGAUCGCCCGAUGUUGAGCAUCAGCCUUCUUUUUCUCCCGAUAACGGAAUCGCAUCUUCAAGCAAUCCGUUUGGACCUAUCCUGAGUGAUCGUCAGAAUAUGUCACAAAGAUUCACAGAUAACUUCGUGCAAAACAGUGGCGAAGCGAAAGACGAAGAUCCCGAUGACUUCAGUGUCUACGACGACCAAUCUGAGUUCUACUCGGUUAUCGAUUCAGACGAGGGUCGAUUGACUCCGUCUCAAAAUGAGCAGUCUCCGACGCAUGGUUAUAAUUCAAUUGGUAGAAUGGAAUCCAAUGGAAGAGCCGAAUCAACGAACCCGUUUUACACGAACGAAGAGUACGACGAGUAUUCUUCUAUGGCGAAAUAUUCAAAAGCAAGAACAAUCGAAAAUAAAAACAACAGUUUUGCUCAGUUCUCACAAAGUUUUGACUCUGCAACUAACUGGGAACCGAUAAACGUACAGGAAACUGUUGAUUGUCAAUUCGACGCUACGCCUAAUGUGCAAUACACUGAAGAUUCUAAUGCAACUCUGCAAGAGCAAUCAAAUAAUCCGAUAUUUCGAGAAACACCUGCGAAAAGACCAAGUGGUUUUGAACAAGACUUGAUUGAUCUAAAUACACUUAAGUUUCAAGAUAAAAGUGCAAAUAUUAGUAGUAUUUCGUGGAACAAUGCCAAUGAAGCUGCCAAAAGUUCAAUAGCCAAAAGCAUGGAGACUGGAGGGAGUCGUUUUUCGAUCGAUCUUGAAUCGGUCAAAUUGGACCAAUCCAGAGAAAAUACUCCUAGUGAUAUAGCAUCAGGAUCUAGUGUCGAUUACUGCGACGAAUUAGAGGAAAGGAUUAAGAAACUGCGAGAGAUGCAGCUGAGAAAUAGCAUCAAAAGGGAUAAAGAUUCCACUUUCUCGCCGAGGUUGAACUUCCGACACUCGAUGCCAAAACCAGGUGAAAAUGUGUCCUCAAACUUCAGCCGACCGGGAUCCAAAGAACAUAGUCGGGAAAAUUCGGGUCCGUACUCGCCGACAGUUCCUACUGUACCCACGAAAAGGGAAGCGUCGGCUUUCGCUUCGAAACCUAUGGCUAUACCGGGUAGCCAGGCUUCGAGGCUCAGUGCGCCGCCUCAUAUGUUGGCGAGGUCUCCAGCUGUAACUUCGGCGUUUUUGCCUCAGUCGCCAAAUAUUGGAGGAUUCGGAAAAUCAAAUUUGAGUUCAAGCUUUCCACCUCCGCCACCCCCAAUGGCAAACAGCUAUGGUGGUUUUGGAAAUAAUGGAUUCGGAAUUUCUGGGGCACCGACCGCACCAGCGUAUGAGCUGGUUUCUUCUACACAAUUGAAGUCUCUAGAAGCUCAAAGCGAAGCUGCGGUUGAACGUGUGUGUAGUAGUGUGAAUGGAAGUACACAAGAGCAGUGUUACAACGCACUUGUUGAAACGAAUUGGAACGAACAAAAGGCCAUCGAAUCAGUCAAGAUCAACAUCCUCCAAAACACAUGCACACUUUCCACAAAUAAUUGCAAAAUGGUGUUAGAGUCUUUCAAAUACGAUCUGGCAAAAGCUUCCAAAUUUGUGCAGUCUUUUAAAGAAAAGGGAGGUGCUAGCCCGGGCGCUGCGUUUUAACAGCAUUCGAUCCAAGGGUGCAACUUUCCUCGUUAAACUGAUUUUGUUUUAUUCUCCAACCGUUGAUUGUCUAUCCUGCUUUGUAGCAUUAUUAGCAGCGAAUUUUAGUAAUGGAGAUGUUGUGUUUUGUUAGUCUAAAAACUCAAUAGUAAUUUAGAGGUUUAGUUCAAGGUUUCCGAAUUUCCAUUCAUUUUUUGAAAGUUUUUUUUUAAA